AUGGCUCUGAUACCAGCGCACGCAUCCAAUCUCUGGUACAUGCGCUUCUAUUUUGCUGAGAUGAACGUCACUGCGAAGGUGGGCGACCGGCGGUUUGAUAUCCUACUGGGGAGCGGGAGUCGGGUGGUGGCUCUGGGGAAUAGAGUCGGGCUAUUGGGUGGGGGAGGGAGAGGGGGUGCUGGUGCUGCUGGUACUGCUGCUGGUGCUGUUGCUGGUGCUGCUGCUGGUGCUGGUGGUGCUGCUGCUGGUGCUGCUGGUGCUGCUGGUGGUGCUGGUGGUGCUGCUAACUCGGCAGCAGAAGCAGCAGUAGGAGCGUCAUCCGGAGCAGCAGCAGCAGCAGCAGCAGCAUCUACUGAUUUUGACAUUCUUUCUCACGUGCCGCCCCGCACGGCCCUUAUCGUGCCUCUCCUCUUCAACUUCUCCCGGUUUUCCCUCGGCCGUUCAGAGGAUUUGGAGGUAGGUGUGCGCACAGCAGCCAAUAGCACGCUGCCAGCUGUCCUGAGUGCUGUGGAGCUUUUCGAAGUGGUGCCAGUGUCCCUGGAGAAAGAGGAGGAGGAGGGAGAGGAGGGAGAGGAGGGAGGAGAGGAAGGAGAGGAGGGAGGAGAGGAGGUGAAUGUGGUGCAAGUGGUCAUUGUGGUGGGGAGUGUGCUUGUACUGCUUCUCGUAAUUCUUUCCGCCUGGUGGUGUUUACGUGGCAAUCAUAAAUUCAAACGCUUAGAAGAUGAGGCUUGA